AGUCGUCAUGUGAUCAAAACAGGAAGUGCAGUGCUGAUUGAUUAUUAUCAUCGAUCUCUAUGAGAAGGCGCAGCUGCUGCUGUUUGAUCGCUGUCGGCAUGGCAAUACUCCUCUUCAUCAUCUUCAUCUGCGGCUCCAUCAGCUCUCACGUGAGUGUGGCGUCCAGGUCUCAGAGUGAGUUCAGGGUUUCUGGUCGAGCGCUGUAUAAGCUGGACAUCUCCUGGCCCAAGAACCCCGAGUACUUCACCGGACAGGUGUUCGGCGUGGCUGUCAAUCAUCUGGCCGGCCUGGUGUAUGUGGCUCAGAGAGGCGAUAACGUGCCUAAAGUGCUGGUGUUCAGCACGGAUGGAGACUUCCUGCAGGCCUGGAACACCAGCAGCCUGGAAAUGCCUCAUGGGAUUUUCCUGGCCAACGCAUCCGCGGAUCCAACGGUGUGGAUCACAGAUGUAGGGAACGGGCCGUACGGACACACAGUGAAGCAGUAUUCUCCAUCAGGGAAGCUGCUGCAGGUUCUGGGAUCUCCUGGGAAAGCCGGAUCUUCUCUGAGUCCGCUCCAGUUCGACCAGCCAGCUGAAAUAUUCGUCCACAGUUCUGGAGAAAUCUACAUAGUGGACGGAGACGGCGGCAUGAACAACCGCCUGAUCAAACUCUCCAGAGAUCUGCAGGUGCUGUGGAUGCACGGAGAGAAAGGACAGGGACUCGCUCAGUUCUACAUCCCUCACAGUGUGGCGGUCGACAGCUACCAGAGGGUGUGGGUUGCAGACAGAGGGAACAAGCGUAUCCAGGUGUUUAACUCUGUGACGGGAGACUGGCUGGGCUCGUGGGGCAGCUGUUUUAAAGAGGACGCGCCGUACUCCGUCAGACUCACACCAGACCAGAAGUACAUGGUGGUGGCUCAGUUAAACACCAAUCAGGUGACGCUGCUGGAGGCUCCGCCCAUCGGCAUCAUCGGUCAGUGUCAGGUGACCAGCAGCAUCCAGCUGGCCGAGGACGUCAAGCCGCACCUGGUGGAUGUGGAUCUGAAGAGCGCGGCGCUGUAUGUGGCGGAAAUCGGGGCCAAUCAGGCGCAGAAGUUCAUUCCUGUGACAGCCACCGGUGUUUAGAUGUUCACAGAGAGACCAGCGCUGAUUAUAACGCUUUAAAAGAUCUGAGCUGGAAAAUAUGAGCAGCACUGAUAAUAAAUGUGUGACCCUGGACCACAAAA